UGUCCUUAUACAAUGAGUUCAGGACAUUUAUGUCAAGGACAUCAAAUAGGCGCAGAUUCCUAUGCGUAAAUAUGUUAUUUGAAAUAUGAAUUCACAGUUUGUGAUUUUGCAUUGAUGCGCUUGUUACAAAACAGCUAUUCUGAAAUUGUAUUGUGUUAUGACAUAAUACAUGCAGUAGUUGCAAUCAAUAUACAGGUUCGUCAAUUUAUAAUCCAUUAACCCAAAGGGAAGUAUGACAAUGUUUUGAGUUUUGUCACCCCGAAACAGUAGAAGGCGCUAUACACCAAUGGAAUGUAGGUUUUCAACCUGUGACCCAAAUGUUGACGCAAGGACAGUCGAAACAUGACUCGAAAUUUGUUUUACCGAGCUGCUAAUAUUGUCCAACUCAGCAGGUUUACACUUCUAGCUGGGUCAAGGUUACUUUGCACGCAAACUCAAGCAGAGCCACCGACUGUCAGACAGCAAAACAAUGGAAUAAGGAGAAUAAUCCUGAACAACCCCAAGAAGAGGAAUGCCCUGUCUCUGUCCAUGCUGGAAUCACUGAGAAGCAACAUCCUGGCUGACAUCGAAAGCGACGACCUCAGAGUCAUCGUCAUAUCAGCUAAGGGACCAGUGUUCUCCUCUGGGCAUGACCUGAAGGAGCUGACUUCAGCACAGGGCAGAGAUUACCACACCAAGGUGUUUCAGGCCUGCUCAGAGGUUAUGACCCUGAUACAAGACAUUCCUGUGCCUGUGAUUGCCAUGGUGAAUGGGGUUGCCACAGCAGCAGGAUGCCAGCUUGUUGCCAGUUGUGACAUUGCCGUGGUGACGGAGAAGUCCACCUUCGCCACGCCAGGGGUCAACGUGGGUCUGUUCUGCUCAACACCAGCCGUGGCAAUAGGAAGAGCUGUCCCCAAGAAGGUCGCCAUGGAGAUGCUGUUCACAGGAAGCCCGAUCUCGGCACAGGAUGCUUUGAGGCACGGGCUGGUCAGUAAGGUGGUUCCUGAGGAGCGUCUAGAGGAGGAGACGUUAGCCAUCGCACGGCGGGUCUGUCAGGCCAGUCGGCCCGUUGUAGCCCUUGGCAAGGCCACCUUCCACAGAUGGCCCAGGGGUGGGAUGCGGCCUAUGCUACAGCCUCUCGUGUCAUGGUGGAUAACCUGGCUCUCAGAGACGGACAGGAGGGGAUACGGGCCUUCAUAGAGAAACGGAAGCCUGUGUGGACAAACAAAGCAGAGAAGGCCAAUGACGAGUGAUGUCUGCUGGGCUGGCCUACCAUGGCCUGUGAGGGAUGCUCGGCCUGCUCGAACCAGGGACCCUCUGCACACAUCAACAACUGACACCCUCAAAGCAUCGUUACCUAUCGCUCCACAAAAGCCACAACUACGUCAAGGUCUCAGAGCAAGUGACGUCAUCGAUUUAAACGCUAUUAGCGCGCACCCCACUAACAUGCUAGCCAUUUCACACCAGUUACAUCAGCAGCCUCUGGAAUGGAGAGGGAGCCUGUGGAUGGUUGAGGUGUUAAACUCGACCUGAACCCAUCACAGAACACAUGCUCGAGGAGGACAUUUUGAAAUGAAAUCCCUGUUGAUUAUUGUAGUGAUCAUCUGAUGAAGGGAUACUGCAGGGCUUUCUUCAUGUUUGCCCUUUGGAGGGGGUGAGGUGAAGGGUCUUGGAAAGGUAGAUAUUUGAGAUACACCCAUGGUCAAGGGACUCACCGCAGUAUAUAGAUUGGGCACUUCUUGUGAGACAGAAUGAAAAUGUUUAAAGGAGCAGUCUGCAGUUGAGACCAUUAAAAAGCAGUCACUCCCCCACUGAUUUGGUAAAAAGCUGAUGGAUGGAACUGGAGAAAUGUAACCACUCUAAAAUUCAUAGACAGAGCUAUGGAUGCAAGGACUGACCGUCCAUGAGAUACAAAUGUGUUUUGAGGCUAUACAUUGCUUCCAAAGGCGUAAAACAAGCAUAUAUUUGUGUUUCUGAUAGGAUACGACAAUAAAACUAAGCUCAUGAGGAAUGUAGUAAGUUUUAUUCUUCAGGUCUGUAUCCAAUUUUCAAAGAAAAUAGAUUAAAAGGAAAACGAGUAGCUCUCGUCAUUGAUAAACUAAAUUGAUAACCAGUUGUUCAGAGACACAAAGACUACUCCAAGGCUAUUUUAAAAAUGACAAAGUUCUCAUAGAUGGAGGAAAAUAAUGAAACAUAAUUCUAGCCCGGUUAUGGAUUGUAACAACACAAUAAAAAAAAAAAAGCUAUUGUAUAUAUCUUCACAUAUAACUAAUUGGAACA